AUGGAGCAUAUGCUGCGCUGCAAUAAUCUCAAAUGUCGAAAAGAACUUGGUGAUCGAGCAUUAGUGACUACAUGCAGUCAUAUUUUCUGUACCGACUGCGCUGCUCGCCUUGGUUUGACGGCACAGAGACAUGAAAGUCGCAACUCGUGUCCUGCUUGCAAUACCCCUUUAACUAAUCCCGAUGACGCUGUUAUUUCAAAUCUCAAUCCCAGCGAAGAUUACAAAACGAGUGUUCUCAGCGGCCUUAGUCCCUACGUUAUUAUCGAAUGCGCAAGUCGGGCCCUUAGCUUCUGGGCAUACCAAGCCACCCAGGAAGUCUUCUACCAUGAAAAACUGGGCUCUGCGCUUACUGAAAAAUACUCAAACCUCAGCGUUCAGCUUGACAAAGUUAUCAAUAGCAUGGGAAUAGAGCAUGAGAAUCUACGUAGAAAGAAUGACGAACUAGCACACGCAUACAAGGAGAAGAACCGAAAGCUCCUUCAAAUCCAAGAGUUGUAUGACAAACUCAAGCAAAGAGCUAUGCUGGGCCAGAUGCAAGAUGCUGCCGAAGAUGCAGUUGAUUCUGCACUCCACGGACAAUCAUUGGAAAGAGCCCAGUUUGAGAGUAUUAGCCAAAAUACUGCAGAUUAUCAAGAUCACGGAACACCCUAUGCGCACCAUCGUCCAGCACUCCACGAGCAGCAAAGAAUGCCAGCCGGAUACCACCAUCAGGCGAUGCGACAGGACCAUAACAACCCUUGGUCAAGGAAUACAGCAAAUGUCCCUAUCACGCCUUCGACCCAUCGCCAGCGUCUCGGUGAAACAACUGGUGUUGGUCUGUCGACUAUUCCCGGUCUUGUUUCAGGCACUCCUCAAGUACAUCAAGCUAAUAUGGGCAUACGGUCAUCACAAGCGGAUAUGCCGUCCAUGAAUCUUCAAACUAAUGCAAGAUUCCCUGCUGUUGGACUGAGCUCUGGUCUGAAAGUUAGUCACGAUGAAAGUAACUCUACCGGAUUUUCCGCAUCAUUAGCAAGACCACGAGUAGCCCAGAGAGGAACCCCAAUUUCCUCGACGUUCCAUCGAACACAACCGGGUGGGCAGCAGGAAAAUAUUCUCCCCGGAAUUCGAAAUAAUUUCACAAAUAUCUAA